CGUUAGUUCUGCACCAGCAGACAGAUAACCGAGAGUAGUUCCUCGCAGCCCGACUCCCCCCUGCUUCGGAGCGCUGGCAGGAUCUGCAGGGGGAGGCGGUGCGGGGUGGUACCCGCUGGCACACUGGGGAAAGGCAGGCGAUUUGCUACGCAUGCAUGAAUCUUCUCCUGCUUGCACAUUUCCAGACAAAGGCAGCACGAUGAGGCGGUCCUGUCGUCUGCCAGCUCCUCAGGUUUGGUGACCUGACCGAGACAGCUCUUGGUUUCCAACAGAUGUGGGGGAUUCAUCACCAUGCACAAAAUCCAGCAUAGUCUGUGAAGUGAUGGAGGUCAAAUUAAUUGAUAUCCUGCACUUUUCUCGUCUCUCUGCUUGCAUUCGCCAUUUUUCUCUGGCCAGUCACAAAAGACUAGCUUCCUCAGUCUGAUGGCAGUGCCAACACAUUGAGCUGCAGGAACUUAGCUAAUUGAUUUAAAAAUAAUUCAUAAUACUUGUUCCUACUACUCCUGACCUGGGCUGGUGGAAAUUUGAAGUGCUUGUUGCAAGGCGAAACCACUCUGGCUUUUAGAUAUAAUUGUAAUCAAUUUGGUUUUGUUACUACAUUUUAGUAGCAAAACAGAAUCAGCAGAUGCUUGAUUCACUAAAAAGUGCUGUGCUUAUCACCACAGUAAGGUGUGGGAAUAUGUGAGAAACAACAUGUUUCAGAGUAGAAAUGUAGACUCUUGUGGAAAGAGGAGUAUUGCCAAACACCGAAACGGUUUCCCACCAGUUAUUGUUGGUGCCUGGAUCUCUGUUCCUGCUCAUUUUGAGCCAUAAACUCAAAAUACUCAUAUACUUCUCCCCACUAUUUUUUUGUGGGUGGGCAGUGGCUAUAAAAUACAUAGUUUGUAGUUUGCAGGUGUUACUUUGUGGCAAUAACAUAUUCAUAUUCUGGAGCUGGACUUCUCAAGGCCGCCUAUUUUUUUUAUGAGUUUGCUCUUGGAAUCUGGAUAGGCUUGUCCUUGAUGGACCUUAGACUCAUCUUUCUUGCAGCACUGUGCACAGACCUCUUUCUAUGUCUGCUGUUCUAGGAGCCUGUUCAUGGCUUUGAAAUGACACAUGAUGAAAAUGUGUCAUAUAAAUUGUAUCAUCUGAGUUUCUACACAUACUGUACAAAAAUAAUGUGAAAUAUAUUCAGUUGAUAAAAACCACUUGGUACAGUUUUUGCAAGCACUGAAAUGGGAGAAAACAUUGUUUCAGCUGCUUUGAAUAGACAAUGUGUUUCCAGACGGAAGCUGGUUAUGAAAGGAUUUUUAAAAAUACAUUCCAUACUGCCAAGUUCCAAUGGUGAUUUUGUUUACCCUGCUGGCUAAAAAAGCAGACAGGAACAAUAUUUUCAGAAAGAGGAAACUGAGUAGGAAGAAGUACCCAUACACGUCUUGCAAGUGGAGGCUGCUGGAGGGAGUGUGUUUGUCAUGUGAUGAAAUACUGCAGAAAUUUUCUGUGUGAGCAGGAGAAAAAGAAGAAUGUUAUGGGGCAUAGGUAGGACUAAGAGUAGGUUUGUAUCUUUUGAGGAUAUAUCAGGACAUAUGUAGCUCAGUCUGUGUUGAAGGGUCUGGCAGCAAAGUGCACGGAGAUGCUGUAGGCACUGCUAACUCUCAAAGGAAAAACUCCCCAUGGCCUUGGCCUGGGCAGUGUUGGCUUUUGGGAUCUCUGAUGGCCCCGUGGGGCACCACAAGGGGCAGGUGCUGUGGUUGAAGCAAGGGUGCUAAUGCUGCAGGGGGCCCAAGGGGCUGGGCAGGGCAGGAGACCUCUGCAGCCUCCAGAAAGGGCUUCUCCUCAGGUAAGGAAGGAGUGGCAAAGCCUGCUGACUUAGCAGGAAUCCUUGCUGCACACACUUCUCCCUGUACUCUCUUCAAGAGAACCUGGGAGGCUGAGGGGGAAAAAAAACUUCUGAUAACACCUCCCUGAAGUGGCAUCAGCUCCUGGCUAAAUUCAGGCAGUUACUAGGAUGAGCAUCCUGGAGAAGAGCCUAGGGAAGAAUUGGAAGACAGGAGUGGACCGGAGAGCAGCAAAAUAGCAAACAAAAGUGUGUGCUAGGGCAGAAUUCCCAUGUGUUUCCAGAUGCUGUUAGAUGGGAUGGCCAAGAACCAAAAUUCCACUGGUGCUCUGGGGUGGUUCCUUUAGACAGGAGGCUGGGAAAUGUGGAUGGUCCUUCUGGUUAUUGCUUUGGCAACACUGAAGAGUGGUGUAGAAAGAAAAGUCAGUGUUUCAGGAGUCCUGUAACAAAGGCAGAGGUGAGGUCAGAGGGGAACUUACAGUUCCAUCAAUAUAUUUAGUAUUUCCUUUUACAAAGUAUUUGUCAGACAGCAUGGGUUUUGUACAGUUCCCUGCAGCUGUUCCUGAUGUGUGUCUGGGAAACUGGAAAUUCCUCUACAUAUUCCUUCAAAAAUGUAGGCACAUGACUGACUUGCCAUCCGCGAGGAGAGCAGGGGAGUUCAGUGCUGAGGUCAUUUUGCCUUUGUGAUCUUGGGUUUGUUCUACAGCUCUGGACUCUCCUUCUAGGGGGCCAGAGCGUGGAUUUGAAGUUCUGACUUCACUGCUGGGGGAAGACGACAAUUUGGACUUCGAAAGCUUUUCAUCCUCAUCUUUUUGCUUUCACUCCUUGUUAUACUCUGUGUUGUUUAGAACUUUGGAAUGAAAAUACUUUUAAUAAAUUAUCAGAGGAUAUGAGUUCAAAUAUAAACCUCCAAACACAACAGAAGAUUGUAAAAUUGUCAGGGCUCUGAGCAUUUUAAUGGGGAGAAAUUGCAUCACUGGUGCCUCAGUCCUCUACACUCUUCUGGCUUAUCACUGGUGUAGCAUUUCAUGUGUGCUUCAUGAGAGCUUUGUAAAUUGUGCUUCUGUGCUGAUUUACUUGAUGUUCCAGAAUCUGAGAGGUGACUUGGCUGCACUCCAGCUCUGUUUGACAAUAGCUCUUCAAGAGGAAAUGCUUAAUAGAUGCUUGUGAAUGAAUUAGUUUCCUCUCUGGAUUUUUUUCCUUUUCAGGUCUCUCAGGCAGCUGCAGAACUCCAGCAGUACUGUAUGCAAAAUGCCUGCAAAGAUGCCUUGCUUGUUGGGGUUCCUGCAGGGAGCAAUCCCUUUCGUGAACCCCGAUCCUGUGCUCUGCUCUGAAAUCAGGGAAGGUCAUUGGAGAAUUGCCUUCAAGCAUGACAUGAAUAACAACUGCCUUUCCUUCACAAGAAAAGUCUCUGUCUUUUAUGUGGCUAAAACAACAUCCUAGAUAUCUGUUUCUGUGUUCUUGUGAAUCUGUAUUCCACUAUAUUUUAGUAAUGUUCUUGAAGUUUUUUAACUUCAUAAUCACCACCACUUUUACUACAGUAUGCUAACUAUACAAAUAUUACUUAAGAAGUUUACAUUUUAGACAUGAAAAACAUGUGAAUUUUUAAUCAAAUUACUUACUCUCAUCUUGAUAAACAAUAACACCAGAAUACUAGCAAAAACUACUCAUGGGGAUUUUUUUUUCCAAAAUAUAAAACAACCUAAAAGUGAAUAAUUAAAGCAUAAAGCUAAAUGCUGUUGGAACUGAAGUAAUGUCCUCAGAGGACAUUUUGCUUCCAUUAGCAAGACCUGGAACCAACUUUAGGUUUUUUUCAAGUGCAUCUCAGUGCAUAAUGACACAUUUUAGUAACUGCUGAACACAAUAUGUAACAGAGGCCUGAUUCCUAAAUCAUGUUUCUUGCAAUACUUCUUAUCUGUAAGCCUUCUUCUACUUUGUAACAGUACUGCUGCAGUGGAAUGUUGUUGACGUAUUUAAAAUUACCAAACAGACACUAAGAAUCUCUGAGCACCCAAAGAUAACUGCAUGCAUUGUUGUCACGGUUUGCAAUACACAGAAUUUACUAAAAUGUACUUGGUCAUUUGCCUUCACUUUUUUGAUAGAGCACUUUUACAAGAACAACUUUUUAAAUAGGUUUUUAAUUUUGUGUACUUCCUAUUGUUUGUAUUAAUAUUUUAGAAGUUUGGAAAUAAAAUUCCUAUCCCUCUUGGCUUUGAA